AUGACUUCUGAUGGGGUGGAUGAGCCGCCGUGCGCUGGUACAGGAAGCUCUAGAGGAGAACUGACAGCGGAGGACUCAACCUCGUUCCGUUCUAACGCAGAAUACCACGGUGUUCAGUUUGACCCGAGGACGCAGCUCGUCAAAGUCUCAAACUCACCUCGCAAGAUCUAUCGCUUCAGCAGCUGCGCCGUCGUAGGUUGGGCAUAUUCAUCGGAUAUUCGCUAUCACCAUAGCAUGCGUUUGGGAUCAGUACUCCAGGAUGCAUCCGACCGUAACAGUCUGACGAACGCGUUGACGCACAGCCUACAGUCUUACACGAUAGGCUCAGCAACCGCAACUGGCGUUGCAACCUCCACCACAUCGAGGAAACGACCCAUUCCGGAUCAGGGACCUCCCGACGGUGUCUUUAACGGCGUACCGCUGUAUUUACGAAAAGCUAUGCCCGAUCUCCAUUCCAAUGUACAUUGUGUGGGCGAAAACUACCAGCGCGACGCAUGGAAACAGCGCUCGUGUCGCUUCGACUUUCUGUGCUUCAACGUUUCCGAAAACGACUUUGUGGUCUUCCAGUCCGCCCGCGAACAGGCAUUGUCCACCGCCACCAUCCCACGGCCCUUUGUGCACACGUCGGAUACCAUGUUACGGUGGGGCCCCAACCACACGCAAACGGUGUCGAUCGGCGGUAUCAACCAAAAGUGGGGCGCGAACGGCCUUCGUCGACUGGAAUGGUUUCCGAAAGUAGUACCGCUACCGGACUCCGGUAGUCCGCCGUUUGCCUACUACGCUUUACCGGAGGAGAUGGUGUGGACUCCAUUGCACAGUCUGAACGCCGCUAAUCCCGGACAUUUGGUGUGGGACGACUUCUUCCCGGUGUACACGCUGCUGCACAUGUUUGACCUGCUGGACCGGCACCCGUUGUUGCUGCGGUACGUGCUGAAGGACGGUCUCCGUGGACUGUGGGCGUCGUGCGACUUCCGCCCCGAUAAAGAGGAAGCGUGUCAGCACCUAAUGACAAAGUUUGCCCCUUUGAUGUGGGGCACGGAGUCUAGCUGGCGCUUUACAGCGUCCAACAACUUUACCUUUGUGGCAAACGGGGAUGUUGACGGCAAGGACAGGGUCGACUUGGUAUGCGCCCGCACGGGGGUGGCGGGUAUGGGCUCUUUGACGGAUCACGGGGUGACAAAGUCGCAUGGCUGGAUGCCGGAAGACUACGUACUGACGCAAAAUCAUGGACGAGGUGGUAUGUUGCGAGAGUUCCGACACUAUCUGUUGAGCAAUAUGGGAUUGGCGUUACCCCAAUCGGUGUUACAGGAACGUCCGCAUAGGGUAGUGUUUUCGGUGAAAUCCUCUAGUAUACGCAAUCGAAAAAUGGAUUUUGAACGGCAAAUGGGUGUGGUCAGUGCGAUCGAGGGCGUGGCGGUGGAAAGCUACAGUUUCCAAGACUUGUCGGUCCGAGAACAAGUGGAAAUAGCAUCACGGACGAGUGUUUUUGUGACGGCGUGUGGCGGAGCUGCCGUGACGGCGUCCUUUCUUCCUGCCGGGGGCGCGGUCGUUCUGUACUACAGUGAAACUGGUGGUGCCAAGGACAACCGUCACACAGGGCUACCGGCUCUUUUGGACUGGGAUGUGUUUAACGCCAUGUCGUACCUGCGAGUCCACUGGAUGCCUUGCAAUACCGUCGAUUCCGAAAUUGAUGACCAGACUUUGAAGUUGCUGAUUGAGCAUGAAAUUAGUCUCAUGGAGUCGAGCACCUUCACACAUUAG